GAAAGCGAGAGGACGAGCGUAGCCAGGGCGACCGAGAGGUAGGAAGGGCCAGGAAAAGCAGGAAUAGUGAGAGAACACAGAAGAACAAGGACUGUCAUUCUCUGGCUUCAAGUCCAGGGGGUCUGGAGAUGUCAAAACACGACUACACAUAAGAGCAGAAACAAGUACCAGACUUAGUCAGUAAGAGAGGUCUAAUAAAAACUCCCAAGCAAGCGUGCUCGUAUUGUGGUCGGAGGAUAGAGGGAGAAAUAGAGGAGAAGAAGGUGGAGAGGAAAAAAGGAAAUAGGGAGGGGCGUGUUCGCAUUAGAAGGUGGCUGCUUUCCUUACAGCGGCAUUUGAAGGACAGAGGAGGAAUCCAUCAUCUGAGAUCAUCUCAGAUCAUCUUGCACAUCUCCAUCGCUCCAUCGAUUUAACAGUCCCUUGCCGGGAUAGAGGAGGACGGAGGACCCUGGCGAUGAAGAGACCUCAUGAUUACAGUUCCCCAGACUCAGACAUGGACGAACUGAUCGAUGUCGGACAGGAAGACAGCUACUGCCCUGUCACUGGGUCCAUGUCUCCAGGCAGUACCUCACAGAUCCUGGCGCGCAAGAAGAGAAGAGGGAUAAUUGAGAAGAGACGCAGGGACAGGAUCAACCACAGUCUGUCAGAGCUCAGGAGACUCGUACCCAGUGCCUUCGAGAAACAGGGCUCCUCUAAACUGGAGAAGGCUGAGAUUCUUCAGAUGACAGUGGAUCAUCUGAAGCUGCUGCAUGCCAUGGGCGGCAAAGGCUACUUUGAUGCUCGUGCUCUGGCAGUGGACUACAGGACUCUGGGCUUUCGGGAGUGUGUUGGAGAGGUGAUAAGAUACCUCAGGUCUCUGGAGGGGGUCGAAUCCUCAGAUCCCAUUGGUACACGCCUCGUGUCCCAUCUCAGCCACUGCGCCAGUGAGCUGGACCCUCUCCUCCAGAGCCCCGCUGCUCUGCCUUUUCCUCCUUGGCCCUGGCCCUCCUUUCCUCAGCUGGCAUCCACUUCGUCUCCAACGUCAUCUAGCCCGUUUCCCCCAACCACCUGCCGAAAUCUGACCCCCCAUGCCACCGCCGCCUUGCUGGGUUACCCUUCACCGGCCCUGCGAGUGGGAUCUUUGAGCAACCAGGGGGCAUUACUGAGUCCAGCGCUGACCCCGGUGCGUCGAAUGCCCUCUAUCCCCGGACAUCCACACAGACUUCAACAGCACUCACCUGAUGGACCCACAAUCCCGUCAUCCUCCUCAUCCUCCUCCAACUCCUCCCCUCCCCAGAUUUCCUUCAGACCCUUUGCCCCUCUGGGGUCUCCAGCCCCAGGUCGCAGGGGUUUGGGCACCUCCAGUAAGUCCGGACAGGCCUGGGGCACAGAGAUUGGGGCAUUCUAAAUCAGAAGUUUGGAGUUUAUGACAGUCUGAAAGGAAAAAUUCAUUUCUUGGUCAUUCAGACUUAUUUAUGACCAUUACCGCCUUUAAACGGAACCACAAAGCAUUGAACAAUUAAAAUAAAAUGUGUAUUCAGUUGAAUCUACUAUUCCAACAUUUAAACUCUCAGAUAAAACAGGUACAAAAGCUGGGGCGAUGCCCUUUCGAAAGAUACACCUUGGUACUCCUAAAGGGUGCAUAUUAGUACAUAAAUACAUAUUAGUAUAAACCGA